AUGAGUCCUUUAGACCAAUUCGACAUGUAUUUGGAAGACUCUGACCUGUUUGGGCCUCUCAAGAUGGAGGAGUCCAACCUGGACUUUGCAUUUUACUCAGAGCUGAAUGGACUCCUGUCCGAAACUCCAGACUCUGAGUCUGUGGACUACCAACUGUUUUCGAUGGACUCUCCAACACUGACUGUCGCCAGCUCGGCAUCGUCAGUGUCUAUCGGUCCAAUAAUGGCCAAAGACUCUGCACACGCCUCAAACCCGUUCGCCGACCAGUACUCUGCGUUCGCACCUCUGGAAGGUUUCGAACAGCUCUCUCAAAACUGGCAAUAUUCCACCACCGCAGACACUCGCGAAUUGGAGUCCGCAUACCUAAACCUCUCGCAGUGCUCCGAGCCUAAAAUCGCCUCGACCCUCCCUCCACUGGACACAGACAGAGCCAGGGAGAAAGUUGUCGAGAAACGCAAAAAGAUGGCGCUCGACGGCAAGAAACUCAGCAUCCCGGCCCAUGACCACGAAAGAAACACAAGAAAACUCUCUCUGUCGCCUACAAAGAGCUUCAAAUACAAAUCCAAGUCGAUCAUGGGAUCGCCAUCCACAUCCAGCUCUCCUACAAACCCGUUCUACAAGCCUCCAGACGUCUUAUGGAAGCUGUGCAACUCGGGCUCUUCCAAACUGUGGAAGAAAUAG